AUGUCGAGCGUUGCACAAGCCUCGGCAGCCAAUGGCGGGUCGGCCAUGCACAAGAUCGCUCGCAACGGGUUCGAUUCGUCCGGAGGUUCGGGGCUGUACGAUCGCGCGCGUCCUUCGUACCCACCGGCGGCGAUAUCGACGAUCAUCACGGAGGCGACCAACUCGGCGUCGCCGGCGCCUCUUCGCAUCGUCGAGCUCGGAGCGGGCACAGGUAUUGCUACUCGCAUGCUGCUUGCUGCUGCCACUUCGGCUGCAGCCGACGGCACGCCCCCUCCGGGGAUCGCAUCGCUCACAGCCAUUGAGCCAUCCGAGGGCAUGCGAUCGCACUUUGAGACGGCCAUCGCCUCGGGUGCCGAUUCGCUCAAGCACCAGAUGCAGAGCAAAGGUCUGCUAUCUCCGCAAGCGAGCAUCUCGGUGGAGGAGGGUGGAUUCGAGAGCUUUGAUGCGGGCAAGGGUAACGAUGCGGUUGUAGUGGCACAGGCCUGGCAUUGGUGCCAGGAUUGGGACGGUGCACUCAAGCAGGUCGCCAACGCCCUGAGGGCCAACGGAAUCCUGGCGCUCAUUUGGAACCUCGAGGACAGAGAGGCUGCCCCGUGGGUGGCAAAUAUCCGCGAUCUGUACGAAAAGUACGAAGACAACACGCCCCAGUACAGGCACAUGUACUGGCACGCCAUGUACAAGGCUCCCACCCUGGCGAGCGAAUUUGUCGCAGACGAGCCGAGGCACUACCACCGCACCAUCCCAACUACGAUCCAGGGCGUUAUUGAUCGUGUACUGUCCAAGUCGUACAUCUCGGUACUGCCACAGGAAAAGCAGGACCAGCUCGCAAAGGACAUUAAGAGCUAUCUCGAUACUACCCCGGACGAGGUGCUCGGCCGCAAGUGGAUCGACAAGGAAGCGGGCGUGUGGGAAUAUCCCUACCGCACCGACCUCUUCCUUUUCCGCCGCAACUAG